CACCUGAGACAUUAAUGGCAUCAAAGUCUGUUCAACAGAUUUACUACGUAUUUCCAAAUUCUUUGUGUCCAUUUUGGUGCACGGUUACGGCUUUUCCCACCGAAAAUUAGGGGUUCUUUUUAGACAUGUCUUAUACCCAACCACCAUAGACUUUCACCAAACAUGUUGUAUUUUGCAAGCGAAAACCGCGUUUGCCUUUCCUGCUGUUGACACCGGAAUAGGCCGUCAAGAGAUAAAGCAAAUAUUACUAUUCAAAUUUGAUGCAAUUUCGAGACAAAGCGGCUCAAUUUACACAAUCACUUUGGCAACACACACGUGAUAAGUGUCUGAUGGUGUUGGCAAUAUGGCUGCUUUGAUUUGGGAAAGAAGCAACUUUAGCUACUUUUAUCAAACAAAUAGUGAACCCUAGACAUAUAUUUGGCCAGGAACUGAAUAUAAAUUCUGGCGAGACUGAACACCAAAUUUCAAUUUUCCACAGUUGGUCUGAGAAUUUCCGCCUAUUUAUUUAAUACCGGUGUUUUUGCCAAAUAUAUUGUGAUACAAACUUGUUUAAUAUUUUAAUUAUUUUCUCUCACAAAAUGGGGAAGAUUCGAAGGGUGAGAACUAAAAGACAUAUUGAAGCCGUAAAGAACAAAACGAGCGAGGAUAACAGCAACACGACAGAGUUCUUGCCAAAUGAGGUAUAUAUUUAUGGAAACUUAUUUUGUGAGAUGUGACAGUCAAUCAAUUGGGGGUACACCCCUAACACAAGUUAUUGGAUAAACACACAGUCAAAUAUAAGAAGCAAAUUUGAAAAAUCUCAAUGGCUGCCAGGCUACAAUAUUACAGUGUGUGGCAAACUGGAACCAUUUAUCUAUACUAUUUAUAAAGCAGCUGUACCCCACCCCACGCCCCUAGCAAGCACAAUUAGGGUAUCCCUAAAACCUAUUUCAGGAGAAUGUUCAAUAAUACACUAUUGUCUUUGAAUACACCCUCCACACUAAACACACAUGACCAUAAUUGUUUUGUCCAGAGGUCUGCCCCUACCUACACCCUCCUACUACAAAUUCUCAAUUUUCUUUUCAGUCAAAUUUACCAGCUUUGUUCCCAGUAAAUAAUUUAUUUGAACUGGCACAAGAAAAUGCUAAGAUUGACGAUGCUACCGAUGUUGCUCAAGAGAGUGGAAAGAUUAAUACUGAAGAGAAAUUGACCGCUAAAAAAGACAAACGAAAAUUAAGACAUGAAAAGUUCUUAAAAAGUGAGAAUAGUCUGACAAGGAAAAUUGUGUGGCUUUAAUUAAAGCAAUCUAAAAGACUUAAUCAGACUGUAAUCAUUUGCUUGCCUCGUAUUCAUUUAGAGCUUCAUACAAGCAAGACAGUCGAAGAGAGUUGCAAGGCAACCAAGAAAAGACAAAAGACAGUCAUAACCGGAGACCUAAAUCCACUGACCCAGGCUUUACUGGAUAUUGAUAAACUGCCAGUUAUCAAGCCAAAUAAAAAGAAAAGGUCUGAACGAGAGCUGCACCUAUGAUCUAGUACCAAACAUGCAUUUUUACAUAUGUUUUUUUCCUUAAGGCAUCUUGCAGUGUUUUAGUAAGUUAGCUUGGGUGAUAAUCUACCUUCCUUGUGGCUGAGUGACGAAUAGCCUACCAAGUCACAAUCUACCUCUGCUACAGGCCUUAAUUAAUUCCCUAAUCUUGUAAGGCAGACAGGGGUGCAACUGUUGGGGGUGUCACCACCCCCAAAGUUGAGCAAAUUUUGCCUAGUGUUGGGCCGUAAUGUCUGACAAAGCAGUUGAAGUUAUCUGAGGUAAAGAUAGAAAAGUUCACAAAUUUCAUGGCAGAUUGAUUGGUGACCACGCCCUUGUCGGGCAAGAAGAACUCACACCCCCCUAAUACCUACAGUCAAGUUGCGCCCCACUGUUAGAGCGCGUCACAGCUACAAUGCAAUCCUUUCCAAUGCUUACUGCCACCAUCACCAAGCACAUACAAGACCAGCCAAAGAAGUGUUGUUUUUGAUACAAAACUCCACCCUAUUAUAGGCUUACCUCUAUAGUAGUGUUCAGGGACGCCGGAACAAUGUGAAGGCAAGGGGGGGCAGAUUUUCGUGAAAGGACACUUUUGAAUUGAUAUAUACUAAAAAAGAUGUAUGCAAAACAUCGGGAAUUGAACUUCGUUUAAUCAUGUUUUCUAUUUAUUGGAUGUGAGGGGGGUCUCCGCCAGGCGAUUGUGCUAUAACUGCAUUUCUUGCGUUUUCGGAAGCAAAUUUGUAAAAGAAUUGCACUAACAUUUCUGACAAUUCGCUAUUUCGCCAAGGCAAUCAUUUAAAUUGAAAGGGCACCUUUGUCCACCUUGCCCCUCCUGGUAAAGGGCAAGGGGGGCGGCUACCCCUCCUGCCCCCCAGUUCCGGCGUCCCUGGUAGUGUUCCAUCCAUUUCUAGUUUUCUUAAAAGUUACUUAAUUCAUGAGGAGGGUUGUAUUUUUCUUAGAAGGAACACAAAGAAACAAAACAAGUCAACUUCAAGUGAAAGAAAAAGACUAAAUGCCCAGUUAGUAAAUUUGAUGUCAUUACUGAAACCCAUGAUCCAUAUUAUUGAUCAAAAUACUAGUUCAACCAAAACCCUAGUUUGAUGUAAUCAUCAAUACUCAUGACCAAUAUCAUCGACUACAUGACAUCCAUCAAAAGAGAUCACUGAUCAUUAUUUUUUUACUUUUAGAAUGUCUGAUAUGGAGAGAUUUCAACAAGUUCUUAGGCACCCAUCAUUCAAAUCAAAUCCACUACUGACUAUUGAUGAACAUGUUAGAAAUGUCAUAAAAAAUCAAACAGACAGUUGACCAUUUACAAUAUGUUUUCAAUGAAAUAGUAAUAUUUAAUAUCAAUUUAUGUUAAUAUUUUGAAUAAAUUUAUUUCAUGCAUAUGUAAUAUGAUUUCGAGUAUAUUUCAGCGGCUGUUUAU